AUGGAUUCUAGUCAAAAAAAUAUUAAUACAAGUAAUAAAUAUUCAUCAUCAACAAAUCAAGAACAUUCUUUAUCAGCACAAAUAACAUAUGAACCUGGUAGUAUAGCAUGGUGUAAAUAUAAAAAUUAUCCAUAUUGGCCCGCUAUUGUAUCAAAGAAAAUUGAUAAAUCAAUCGGUACUUUCUACAAUGUGUUUUUAUUUGGAAUAUUUCGUUCUGCAAUAACAAUUAAACCUAUAUGGUUAGAACCAUAUGAAGGUCCUGACAAAUUUCGAACAAAUAUUCAAGAAUUAAAAGUUUCUGAAGUACUUGUAAAAAUUAAACCAAGUCAAUAUGAUAUGAAAAUAGGACAAAUCGAUUUGAAAUUAUUUGAAGAAGCGAUAAAACAAGCAUCUGAAUUGGUUAAUAUUUCAAAUUUUUCUGAUAGGCUAAAACUAGCUAAAGAUAUAAUUAAACAUACAACAUGUGAUUUUUUUAAAAUUGAAUUACAUAAUGAUAAUGAAAGUGAAAAUGAAGAUGAUAAUGAUGAAACAAAUUUAAAUAUAAUUGAAAAUAAAAGUUCAACUGAAUUAUUAUCAUCGGUUGAAAACGAUCAACAAUUUAUUAAUAAAAUGAUCGAUCAUAAUAGAAAUGAUGAUGUUAAAAAUGAUGAAGAAAAAGAUAAUAAUAAAGCAAAUUUAAAUAUUAUCGAAAAAAAAAGCUCAAUUCAAUCAACAUCAUCGAUUGAAUACGAUCAACAAGUUAUUGAAACAAUGAUUGAUCAAAAUCGUCCAAAACGAAAAUUGGAUGAUAAUAGAACUCUAUCAAAUGAAAAAAAAACUCGAAUUACAAGUACAAAUGAAGUUAAACAACCAUCAGACAAUUGUGCAUCGUGGAUUUCUUUUCAACGUCCAACGGAUGAACCAAUUUUUAUGUGUCAAAAUUUUGUUUAUUAUAGUUUAACAUCAGCUGAAGCACAAUUUAUAUUAGAUGAAAUAAAAAAUUUGAAUUCCAAUUGCACAUUUUUUGAAGCUAAACAAACAGCUGAACAAAUAUAUACAAAAAUACUUCAGGGUAAUAGACCAAAUUAUGUAUUGCAUAUCAGCGAAAUAUGGUUUUAUUUAUUCGUCAUGGUACAUAUUGAUGAUUUAUUUCCAAAUCAUAUUCAUUGGUUCAAUGAUCUUGAACAAGCACAAGCAACUGAUCAUUUUUCAUCUGUACAAAAAAAAACAUUAAUUCGUCUGAUGAAAACGUAUCUUUAA